CCCAAACAUCCUCUUCCUCACAACAUCAAACGACCACCCGACCCGCAUUCCUUUCAUCGUCGUUUCGAGGUCAACCCAUCAAAGCACAACCCGAAAACACAUCUCCGACAUUCAAUUCCUUCUCCUUCAUCAGGCAAAGACCCCAGACGACUCGUGAACAUGUCCAGCUACGGCGGUCGAGGCGGCGGUGGCUACGGUGGCGGUGGCUACGGUCGUGAUAGAAGCGACCGCGGCGGAGAUCGCAACGGAUACGGCGGCGGCGGCGGCUACGGCGCUGGCGGCGGAUACAGCAAUGGAAACGGCUACGGCGGCGGCGGCGGCGGCUACGGUGGCGGAUAUGGCGGCGGCGGCGGCGACCGGAUGAGCGCUCUUGGCGCUGGACUGCAGAAGCAGACUUGGGACCUUUCGACCCUGCCCAAGUUCGAGAAGUCCUUCUACAAGGAGAGCCCUGAGGUGACGGCUCGCUCCCCUGCGGAAGUCGAUGCCUUCCGCCGCAAGCACCAGAUGACUAUCGCCGGCCGGGAGGUGCCUAAGCCUGUCGAGACGUUCGACGAGGCCGGCUUUCCCCGAUAUGUCAUGGACGAAGUCAAGGCUCAGGGUUUCCCCGCGCCCACUGCCAUUCAGUCCCAAGGUUGGCCCAUGGCCCUGUCUGGUCGCGAUGUCGUUGGAAUUGCGGAGACUGGUUCCGGAAAGACCUUGACAUACUGUCUCCCGGCCAUUGUUCACAUCAACGCCCAGCCCCUCCUCGCACCUGGCGACGGCCCUAUCGUUCUCGUCCUCGCCCCCACCCGUGAGCUCGCUGUUCAGAUUCAGCAAGAAAUCACCAAGUUCGGUCGGUCCUCGCGUAUCCGCAACACUUGCGUGUACGGUGGUGUCCCCAAGGGACCUCAGAUCCGCGACCUCUCCCGUGGUGUCGAAGUUUGCAUUGCCACCCCUGGCCGCCUGAUUGACAUGCUUGAGGCCGGCAAGACCAACCUGCGCCGAGUGACCUAUCUUGUCCUCGACGAGGCUGAUCGUAUGCUGGACAUGGGUUUCGAGCCCCAGAUUCGCAAGAUCAUUGAGCAGAUCCGACCCGACCGACAGACCCUCAUGUGGUCUGCCACCUGGCCCAAGGAGGUCCGCGCCAUGGCUUCCGACUUCCUCAACGACUUCAUUCAGGUCAACAUCGGCUCUAUGGACCUGUCGGCAAACCACCGCAUUACUCAAAUCGUCGAGGUUGUCAGCGACAUGGAGAAGCGAGACCGUAUGAUUAAGCACAUGGAGAAGGUCAUGGAUAACAAGGAAAACAAGAUCCUGAUCUUUGUUGGCACGAAGCGCGUCGCUGAUGAAAUUACCCGCUUCUUGCGCCAGGACGGUUGGCCUGCGCUUUCCAUCCAUGGCGACAAGCAGCAGAACGAGCGUGAUUGGGUCUUGGAUCAGUUUAAGACUGGAAAGAGCCCCAUCAUGGUUGCCACCGACGUGGCGUCGCGUGGUAUCGAUGUUCGCAACAUCACUCAUGUGUUGAACUACGACUACCCCAAUAACUCGGAGGAUUACAUCCACCGAAUUGGCCGCACGGGUCGUGCUGGCGCGAAGGGCACUGCCAUUACCUUCUUCACCACUGACAACCAGAAGCAGGCGCGUGAUCUUGUCAAUGUCCUCCAGGAGGCCAAGCAGCAGAUCGAUCCUCGCCUUGCCGAGAUGGCUCGCUUCGGUGGUGGCGGCGGUGGCCGCGGUUGGGGCUACGGACGCGGACGUGGCGGUGGUAGAGCCAACGCCAACAGCCAACCCCUUGGCGGCCGACGAUGGUAAACAGUAGUCGUCGUACGUUUUUGACGCGUUGACUUCGGCACUGAGCCCGAGUCGGGCGCCCCCGAACGGGUCGCACAGCGACACACACGGCACUUUCACGGCGUUUGAUAGAGGACAGGACGGUUGUUUUCAACUAGACGGGGAACGCAUGGAAUGCGCGGACCCCCAUGCUCAUUGUGUUCCAUUUUGCAACCCGAGGUCCCGGCCAUUUAUCCAGGCUGUUUGACGCAUCCAGGACCGGACCUCACCAUCUUUUCCUUGCUGUUUUGCUUUUGCCUUGCGGAGGGUAAUAUCUUGUUGAGUCGAGUCGAGGAAUACUCUCACACACCUGCUUAAGGUGCCACAACAAGGUUGUGGUUGCGACUGCAUGUUGAUAGACGAGAUUGGCGACGGAUGGAGUGGACUUGCCGAGCCGCGAUACGAUUGUCUGCCGACAUGGGCGGGCGUUCAGACGUCUCUUUGGCUCCAUUGCCUGGCUCUUUGCAAGUCAGGAGGAGCGGGCUGCAUGCAGUCAUGACGCCGCAGGCUUUGGGCCAAGGACGACUAUCGGGCUCCUAGAAGCACUUGUAGUUUAACAAGGAAAAGCAUAUGAAACCUGGUUGACUUGAAAGACGUAUCAUAUCGAUGGUUGACAGACUCUUCUUGCCUUUCUUCACGUGACGAGCAGAGCUGCACCCAAUGCGUCCUUG